UGAAAUAGACUGUAAGCAACCAAAGAAAUGGCUUCUGGAUCUGACCUUGGUGACCGUUCUAGGUUUGCCAAACUCGGAAUGGCAAUAGCAGAGGAGUUAACACAGGCCUGCAGAGAUGUCUUAGAAAUGGAAGUUUGUCCUAAACAUGUGUUCAACAAAGUAAAAUCAUCUUCACUUUCCAAAAGGAUACAUUCUGGACAAGAACUUGUACUUAAAAAUGCUGCAAAUAAUGGUUAUAAAAAUUUUGAUAUUUCCUUAUUAUAUAUACUGAUAAGACACAUUUGUGUAAUGAUUCCUCGUCCAACAAAAGGUAAAUGGGGUUUAAACACAAUGCCGUCAGUAAGAGAAACAACAAUUGGAGAUGACAUUGAGAGGAUAAGGAUUAUAAGAAACACCUAUAGUGCACACCAGACUUCUGCUUCUACCUCAAAAAAGGAAUUUAAUGAAAUCUGGUCAGUCAUAUCUGAUGUAUGCCAAAGACUGGAAAUGUACACAAGGAAAGACUACAUGUCUGGCCUGCGUAAGAUUCAAAGACAUGCCUUUAUAGAAGAACACGAAGAGUCUGCUAAAGAAAAACUUAAAGGUCUACAUGAUAAUCUAACAGAAAAUGUGGAGGAGAGUAUACCACCACAUUAUAUAGAAAAGCUAGAAAAGUCUUUGAGGGAAAAUGCAAUUAUAACUGUUCAGCAUUCAAGAGGUAUUCUUGUUGGUUGUGCUGAAGCUGGAAAAACAACAUUGCUGAAUCGUUUAAUGGGGGAGACUCAAGAGGUUGUAGAGGACAUCGAAUCUUCCAGGGGCUUAGAGGUUCAUCACCAUGUAUUUAAUAUCAGAAAUGGAUGUCUAGAAGUAUCUGCAGAUGAGAGACGACAAAAAUCAUUCCUUUGGGUCGGUAUUUCCGACCUAAAUACUGAUACUGAUGUAAAGACCGACCGUUCGAAAUCCAAGAAAAUCGAUUCUAAUAUUCAAAUAAUUUACCAAAGAGAAGAAGGAGAGGGACAAACAUCUGUAGAGAUUGAACGAGAACUAGAUGAAGAACAAGAAAAAACAUCGGACUCUUCUGUUCAAUCAGAUACAGAGCCAUUUACAAUUCCGAGGGAGAUACUGCUAAAGAUUAUGGAUGACAAAGAAAAAAUACCAACAAUUAGUAUGCUGGAUUUAGCUGGACAAUUUGCAUACUAUGCUUGCCAUCAGAUUUACAUCACGAAAGGUGUGUUCUUCAUACUUGUAUUAAACGUUAAUCAGAAGUUUGAAGAUAAAGUCAGUACUGAGGAGAAUAAUCAAGAAGGAUCAGUCUUCUCCACGUGGACUUAUAAAGAAUAUGUGAAGUUUUGGAUAAAUUCUAUCAAGACUUUUGGUAGAACAAAGGCCCCAGUGUUGAUCGUAGCUACACAUACAGAAGAAAAAUCUGAAGGCGAAAUUGAUGAGUUUUUUGCUAAGUUCUGGGAAGCAGUACCAGAGGAGGACAGGGAUUGGUUGAUAGAGUCUGUAGUCGACUCUGAGUAUGAUAUCGGCCUUCUCAAUCUUGACGAAAUAGGGAAAGAAACGCUGGAGUCUAUUAAAAGUUCAAUCAUUAAGGCAGCCACAGAAAAAAUCAAUAAUAAAAUAGAUGUUCCAUCGACCUGGGCACUGCUGGAACAAGUGGUAAGAGAGAAAAGGAGGAAAGUUAUGUCAUAUGAAGAAAUAUGGGAAGUUAACACCAAACGCUUUCCAUCUGAAUUUCAACUUGAAAACAAAGCCAUGCUAUCUGGUUUUUUAAAGUUUUUCCACAGACACGGUUUGCUUUUAUGGUUUGAAGAAGGGAAUAUCAAUGACAAUCAUUUACACGAAAAAGUUGUUCUUGACAUUCAGUGGUUUGCUAGCGCAGUCAACAAGCUCAUUGCUGACAAAAAUCAUAUUCAUAAGGACUGUAAGAGAAGAUAUUAUAAAGAGUGGGACUCUUUCAACAAAACCGGCAAAAUAGAGGAAAAAUUAGUGAUGAAUCUUUGGAAAGACGAAUCGUCAUAUUUGAAUCACAUAACUGAAAUUAUGACAUACAUGGAGAAACUUUUAAUGCUUGUUGCUUUUCAUUCCAAAAAUGAUGCAGCAGAAACAGACAAGUCAUGGUAUGUACCAAGCAUGAACAAACGAGUGUUUAAAGAAGACUUUUCUGAAGAAACCUGCCAAUACUCAUCAAUAUUGUGCUUUCGAUUCAGUUCUUUUGCUAUGUUUGUUUACUACAGAGUUGUUGCUUAUUGCAUGAGUGUCCUUAAAUGGACUGUUUCCAGGGAUGAAGAGGGUUUAUGCCUUUAUCAAACCGCAGCCGUUUUUGAUUUUAAAAAUCACACUGUUAUCAUUGGAGUUUCAGAAAAUGACAUUCAGGUUCAAGUGAAGCUUAUUAAGCCGUCUGUUAUACAGACAGAUAUAUCUGCUGAGGUCGGGGAGUCAGUGGAAGUUGCGUGCAAAAAUCUUGCUAAAACAUUUCACGAAGACAUACAUUUUGUCAAAGGAUACAAAUGCAGACGCAAUUUUUGCGAUGCUGGCGACCGGUCAUUCACUCCUGCCAUUGAGCUAGCGAAUGAUAAGGGAGAAAUCCAAUGCCAAUAUUGUUCCGUUUCUGGAAAACAUACAAUAAAUGUUGAAGAAACCUUGCGGUUCUGGAAAAAGAUUGACAAAGGGUUGCCCACUCAAGAUGAUAAGGCACAUGGAAGUACGAAUGACGAUGAUAAAACUCUUCGACGAGGUUGUAAGAGGAAAAAGGAAAUGAAGGACUUUCUCUUUGUCCACUCUGCCUUUUUAGCUGACCUGAGCCAAAGGCUCAAGUGA